AACUGCCACAACUCAAGAAGCUUUGCCACGAACACAAACAAACAAACAAGAUCGCCUGCGCGCUGUGGUGUGUUGUGGUGUGUAUUGUGUGGAUGUCUGCCGUGUUUGGAGCUGUGACCAUGACGGCGAUCAAGGCAACCGUGCUCGUGCUGGUGGGUGGGCUAUUGAGCGUGGCCAAGCUUGGUGGUGUUGCGUUGGGCGAAAGUGCCGGUGAACCCGGGGAUGUGAUCUUCGUGCAAGACGACGAAGGUCAUUUGCACUUGCAAACAUCCGCAACAGGUGCCCGUGUGUUUGUCAAUGGCAUCGAUGUGGAGCUCCUUCGUGCCCGCGUGGCUACGUUGGAGCGAGCGUUUGACGGUGUUGUGCCGGCCCCACCACCGCCACCCGAGCAACCCACUGCAACUACACCCCCCAUGCAGAUGCAGACGCCAACCACAACAAGCACGACCACCACCACCACGACGACUACGACAACAAGCACUACUACAAGCACGACCACUACAAGCACGACAACCACCACUACAACCACCACUACGACGAGCACCACCACGACGACCACGACAACCAGUACAAGCACCACCACGACUUCCACUACAAGCACCACGACCAAGAAGCAACCUGUGUAUCGAGCCAACUACCAAGCAGACUCCAACUGGCUGUUCGGAACAGAUAGCAAGGACGAGCUUCGCGGGCUUGCUGCAGAUCCAAACGAUGAGCGCUAUGUCUACGUGGUUGGCAAGAGCCCAGGCCGGCUCGACCCAUAUGCCACCCUUCUCGGAGACAAGGAGGCGUUCGUGGCGUGCCUGGACCGACAAGAACGCCGGAUCAAGUGGGCCAAGCAGUUCAGCACCGCGAAGAACGAUGACGGCGAGAUGAUUGCGGUCGACGGUGCGACGCGCCGCGUCUUUGCCGCUGGCAAGCCCGGCGGCGACCUGUUCCCCCGCCCCAACGGCACAGCCAAGGAGGAAUUCUUCCUCGUCGCCCUUGAUGCAGACGACGGCGGGUUCUUGUGGGGGUAUCAGUUCCCCGGAAAGGCCAAGGCCAUCGCCACUGCUCCCGGCCCUGACGGCGGGAACCGUGUCUAUGUCACCGGAGGCAUCAAGGGCAACGCGUUCGAGACAUUGGUGGACGACAAGGGCUUGAAGAAAGACAUGCUGCUGGCCGCUAUUGACGCGAGCAGCGGGCGCGCGCUGUGGGGCCGCACAUAUGGUACUGGGGACGAGGACGAGGAGGCCAAGGCCAUCGCCGCCCUCAGCGAUGGCAGCACCGUGUUUGUGGGCGUGGAGUGGAUGACCAGCAUCAAGGGCCGCGUGAGCAGCGUGGACAAGAAGGACAUGUCUGUGCUGGCGGUUGACACGCGCACGGGCAGCAUCGCGUGGGAGCAGGCGUUUGGUGGAAUGGAAGAUGACAAGCCGGCUGCGCUUGCGCUUGGUCCAGACGAAGAUCUGCUCUACUUCACAGGCACCACAAAGUCGCCGCUGGCGCCCAACUGGAACAGCAGCGUGCUGGACGCCGAGGAUGUAUUUGUGGCGUGUCUGGACGUGACUUCCCUUGGGCGGGUGCAGUGGGCGCGGCAGGUUGGCGCAAUGGGCAACGACAAGCCCGAGGCCAUCGCCACAGGCAGACACCCUGGCGGGCGUACCGUGGUGGCGGUGGUGGGAACAGCGGACAAUGCACUGCCCGAGCAGACAAACAGGGGCGGGAAGGACGGCUUCUUCCUCGUGGCAGAUGCUGACAGUGGGGUGCUGCAGUACUUGCACCAGUUUGGCACGAUGGACAUGGACGAGCCCCGCGGUGUGUACAUCCUCCAGGGCAGCAGCGGCGGCGGCAGCAAUGGUGGCGGUGACAAUGGUGGUGAAGCUACCAACCCCAACCGGCGUGGGCAGGCCGUGGUGAUUGGGCAGGCCAAGGACCUGUUUCGCACUGGGAAUUCGCCGAUGGCAGAGACGUCUGGCUUUGUGCUCGAGUACAAGCCGACACUGCCGUGAAAUGGGGGACUGAAUGGGGAGGAAGGAGGGGGAGGGGGAGGUUGCAGACAAUCACUGUGUGUGUGUGUGUGUGUGUGUG